AUGUCGGUUUACGGUAAAUUCGGGCCUUUAGUAGGUGCUAUAGACGAGGGCACGUCGAGUGCUAGGUUUAUAAUAUUCAAAGCGAACUCCUGUGAAGUAGUCGCAGUGCACCAGAAAGAACUGGAACAGAUAUUCCCUCAAGAAGGAUGGGUAGAACAGGAUCCUGCCGCGAUUUUAGAUGUAGUGACCACUUGCAUAACAAAGGCUGUGGAGCAGUUAGUGGACUUAGGAGGAUCUCCAAAGGAUAUUAUAGCAGUGGGGGUGACAAACCAGAGAGAAACUACAAUAGUAUGGGAUAGGAAUACUGGGAAACCCUUACAUAAUGCUAUUGUAUGGCUUGAUAUGAGGACAUCAUCUACUGUAGAUAAAUUACUCGACAUGGUGCCAAAUAAGACAAGAAAUAAAAAUUAUUUGAAGCCUCUAUGCGGUCUUCCCAUGUCGCCAUACUUCAGUGCUGUGAAACUAAGGUGGCUCAGUGACAAUGUGGAUGCGGUGAAGCAGGCCAUGAAGAAGGGGACAUGUUGUUUUGGUACAGUCGAUACAUGGAUCAUAUGGAAUUUAACAGGUGGUCCAAAAGGAGGCAAGCAUGUCACUGAUGUCACAAACGCUUCACGCACGAUGCUGAUGAACAUUGAGAACUUGAAAUGGGAUCAAUUAUUGAUGAAAUUCUUUGAAAUACCAAGCUCUGUGUUGCCAGAAAUAAAAUCUAGCUCCGAAAUAUACGGCUACAUAUCAGAAGGGCCACUCCAAGGGAUACCAAUAUCUGGUUGUCUCGGAGACCAGCAAGCGGCUUUAGUUGGUCAAAUGUGCCUUAACAAAGGGCAGGCAAAAGCGACAUAUGGUACUGGAUGCUUUGUACUAUACAACACAGGGGAUGUGAGAGUUAGUUCGUCCAGGGGACUGUUGACGACUGUGGCAUAUCAGUUGGGCAGUGAAAACCCCCCGUGCUAUGCUUUGGAGGGGUCGGUGGCCAUAGCCGGAGCUGCUUUAGGUUGGCUCAGAGAUAACAUUGGUAUGUUGGAAAAUGCAAAAGAUUCUCAAAGUAUAGCAGAGAAAGCGACUGAGAAUGGUAGUGUGGUAUUUGUUCCGGCAUUUAGUGGAUUGUAUGCGCCAUAUUGGAGGCAAGAUGCUAGAGGUGUAAUCUGCGGCAUAACAGAGGACACGAAUUCAAAUCACAUAGUGAAAGCUGCGUUGGAAGCAGUUUGUUUUCAAGUGAAAGAUAUAUUGGACGCCAUGAACGAGGAUUGCGGGAUUCCCCUACAAUUAUUAAAGGUGGAUGGUGGUAUGACAUCAAAUGAGUUACUAUUGCAAAUGCAAGCUGAUUUAAUUGGAAUUAGUGUAAUUAAAGCGGGUUUCACAGAAAGUACAGCUCUGGGGGCUGCUUUAGUUGCUUAUUGGGGUGUAGAUUCAUCUAGACAAGCAACCCCUAUAGCAAUGUCUGUUGGAAUAACUUACCCCCCCAAAAUGGGGGAUGAUGAAAGAGAUAUGAGAUAUAAACAGUGGAAAAUGGCGGUCGAAAGAUCACUAGGUUGGGAGCAAAAU